AUAACUGACAAUCAAAUGAGGAGGAAGGUAUUCUGAAGAAGAAAGUGCAGUCGUUGUUUAGUUGUGCUCAGUGGUCGUGGCGUGGAUACUAUGGCAACUUCUCUACGUAUGUUCUUCAACUUAAUAGUGAUAACCGUGUUUUGUAUUGGUCUAAAUACAGUUACAAGCCAAAACGACCAAAAAAAAGGUAAAGCUGAUGGCAAAGAAUUCGAAUGUCCCCAGAGCACUGGAAAUGGAAAUUAUGCGGACCCGGCAACAUGUAAACGAUUUUAUCAGUUAAUUAUUUAUCUUGAAAGUCUCAAUGUGUUUCAAGGUGAACAGCAACCGAUUUUUGGUGCGUUAGAAAAGUACACACAUUUCCUUUUUAUAAACGAUGCGCCAUCUCCAGUCACAGAAACUCCAACAGAUCUAGCAACGAAAUGCGAUCCAGCGAAAUGUCAAUUGCCUUAUUGUUUUUGUUCGAAGGACGGCACAAUUGUACCGGGAAAUUUAGAUCCAGAAGAAAUACCUCAAAUGAUUGUACUAACGUUGGACGGUGCCGUUAAUUUGAAUAACUACGAUCAUUACAGAAAAGUGUUCAACCAUAAGAGGAAGAACCCAAAUGGAUGUGAAAUUAAAGGUACCUUCUUCAUUUCUCACGAAUAUAGCAAUUACCACAUGAUUCAAGAACUUGCUAGCGAAGGCCAUGAGAUUGGAACAGAAACAAUAUCGCUCCAAACUGGUUUAGAAAAUAAAGGAUACGAAGAAUGGGUUGGUGAGAUGGUUGGAAUGAGGGACAUUCUGAAACAUUUGUCAAACAUUUCCAAAAGCGAAGUUGUAGGAAUGAGGGCACCAUUUUUGAAGCCAGGGCGUAAUACUCAAUAUAAGGUUCUAGAAGAAUUUGGAUAUAUUUACGACAGCUCAAUAGGAGUACCCGCUUUACCCAUUCCAGUUUGGCCGUACACUCUAGAUUAUAAAAUUCCACACGAGUGUAAAUCUGGAACAUGUCCCACCAAGUCAUUUCCUGGCGUUUGGGAAGUUCCUCUGAACACCCAUUAUGUGGAAGGGUUUGAGGGAGGUCACUGCCCUUACUUGGACCAAUGUGUUUUGCAUAACCACGAUGGUGACGAUGUCUUUGAAUGGCUACAGGAAGAUUUUUUGAGAUACUACGAUCAGAACAGAGCACCAUACAUGAUGCCUUUUCAUACCAACUGGUUCUCCAUCAAGGAAUUAGAACAAGGCCUACAUAAAUUUUUGAAUUGGGUCCAAACUUUAGAUGACGUUUGGUUUGUCACUAUCACCCAAGCUUUGACAUGGAUCACAGACCCGAAAACAGUGAGUGAACUCAACAAAUACGAACCUUGGGACUGCAAAAAGGAAAACCUACCACCCAAACCUUGCAAUUUGCCCAACAAAUGUGCUUUGAGUUUUAAGCGACCGGAAUGGAAUUUUACCGACACGCGUUAUCUGGAAACUUGCAAUGAAUGCCCUAAACAAUAUCCUUGGUUAGACGACGCCAGCGGUUCGGGAAUUCCAGGAAAAGACAAUUACGUUCCUGAUAAUGUUAGAAAGUGAAAAAUACUUUGAAUAUUUUGGUUCAAUAUAUUGGUCUUAUUUCGUUAUUUAUACAAGAGCAUCAAAUUAUUUUCAAUAAUUUGUUAACACUUGACUAAUUGAUGAAUCUCUCCAGGAACAGUUCAUCAAUCCCAGUCAAUAUAAAAUAGCUGGUAGGAAUGAAGGGCCAAAAAUGUGUUUAUAAUUGAAUACACACUCUUCUGUAAAAUAAAAAAUCUUUCAGAUA